AUGACAGAAACGAAUGGCACAAAAGAACCAAGGAGAUUGAUUGGAAGAAGACGACAACGACCCGAAAACCCCAUUGAGACGGCCAAUAAGGUCGAAGACGAUGAGUUUCUGACACAAUAUGUGAAGCCAAGUAGUAGCAAGGGUUGGUCAGAAUGGAAACACCCACAAGACGAAGCAACCUAUACCAUGAGCCUCACACGUCCUACUUGCAUGAGCGAUGAAGAUCUGGAGGCAUGUUAUAACUUGGUAGAAGAAACAAGCGGCCAAGAUUAUCGCACCUCAUCUCUCGGUUGGCACCCGGCUACUAAGAAAAAGGAGAUGAGAUCCCCAGAUCUUCGUUACAUCCUUGUGAAAGACAGUGAGGACCACAUAAAAGGGUUUACAUCUUUCAUGCCGACAUUCGAGAACCAUGAGCCGGUCGUUUACUGCUAUGAGAUUCAUCUGAAGCCAGAGCUCCAAGGGACAGGUCUCGGCAAGAAGCUUAUGGGCUACUUCAUGGACGUCGCGGAGAACAUACCUUCAGUUGAAAAGGCCAUGCUCACGUGUUUUGUCAGCAACAAAUCUGCCCUCAAGUUCUACGAGAAGCUAGGAUUCUCAAAAGAUGAUUACUCGCCAAGGGCGCGAAAGCUACGAGGAGAAAAGGUGGUGAUACCCGAUUAUGUGAUACUCAGUCGACAAACAACCUUCAAGAGAGUCGAGGCGUCGCGGGCGUACGAGCCUGGACUUCGAUGA